AUGAUUACUCUGACUGUGAAGGUUGGAUCAUCUGAGCAAAACACUGUGUUCAUGGUGGUUCCUUCGAAAGGAAGCUAUAAUGUUUUGCUGGGGCGUGAUUGGAUCCAUGGUGUGGGUGCAGUACCUUCCACUGUGCAUCAAAGUUGUUACUUGUCUUCGGAAGGCCUGUCAGUGAAAUUGCGUUACCCAGAUUUGGGAUUUGCUCCAACUGGUUGGGAUUUUGAGUUUUGCCAUAGUUCACAUAUUUCAUCUACGUGUAAUGAAAGUAAUGCUUCGAAUCCAAUGGCUGAUUUAAUAGCAAAGACACAUUAUAUGUUGAUCGAUUCUGCAGCGGGAAACAAAAUUUUAAGUUUUAUGGACGGUUAUUCAGGUUAUAACCAAAUUUUCAUUGCAGAAGAUGAUGUGUCCAAAACUGCUUUUCGUUGUCCUGGAGCAUUGGGUACUUAUGAGUGGGUAGUUAUGCCUUUUGGUUUGAAGAAUGCUGAUGCAACCUAUCAGUGA